GGAGGCGACGGUCGGCCGAGGGCUCUGACAGAGAAGGAGGGAGGCAGCAGGGCUGCGGGGCACAGGGGGAGACGUGGUGUGGUGGGGCCGUGCCUUGUGCUCUGCUUUCCCGAGGGCUUUCCUCAGAGGGUCGGACACACGCACGGGGUUCUCCGUGGGGCCUGCGGCGCCCGCCAGCCUCUCACCCGCACCCUCCCUCCCACCAUCCUUCACCCACAGCGGGUCCCUUCCAGCCCCUCGUAGCACCGGCACUGUUCAGGCUCGUGUGCAGCCCAGGAGGGGCAGCCCGGGGCUCCAGUGCAUGGUGGGACUCGGCCCGUUGCGGCAGCUCCGGCCUCUUGCCCAGCUUGUGUCCUUGCACCAUCCCCGCUGCUGCUGCAGGCUCAGUUAUGCCACCGGUGUGGGGCACACAGCAAGGUCCCCCCAAGCUGAACAAAUUCCCAGUGUUUUUUUCAGCGUUUCUCCUAUUUGCAACCUGCCGCGCUUCCUCUUUCCUUUUGAGGCCAACCCAGAGACAAGCUCUCCCACCACUGUAAGGACAGCAGAUGGUCUUCACCCUGUGCAAAUCCUUCUCUCCAAACAACAUCCUGGGUCCCAGGAGCACCUCAAAGCAGAGGGCAGGGAGAGAAGAAAGGAACUGCAGCCAUCAGCAUCCUCCCUGCAGCUCCCUUACCCCCGGGACAGGCACCCAGCCGGUGCCAUGGAGGGAGAGGCCCAUAAUCGUCGGACCGUGUUGAACCUGGUGGCUGUGUUCGAAGAGCACUGUGCUGGCAAAUUUCCCUGGAGGGAUCAGCAGGCUCUGCACAGCCAGGCUAUCCCUGCAACCAACCAACCCCAGCAGCUUCCAGCACCCCCUGCCAGCCAGCGCCUCUCGCAGAUGGCUGCCAAGCAUGAAGCAGAGCAAGAGAAUGAGGAGGAGCAGCAGGGUCGGCGGGGGCUCAGCUUCAAAUGCCUCCAGUCUUUCCGACACAAGAUCAGUGAAGACAACUGGAGGAGGCAGCAGGACCCAGACCUCCGGCCUGGCAGCAAGGAACCAGAGGAAAAGAAAAUAGCUCUGGAGCUGCUGGAAACAGAGCAGGCUUAUGUCAACCGCCUCCACCUUCUCGACCAGAUAUUCUAUACAGAGCUGAUGAAGGAAGCCAAAAAUGGGAAGACAGUCCCAGAGGAGGUGGUGAAAAUGAUCUUCUCCAACAUCUCCUCCAUCUACCAGUUCCAUGCCAAGUUCUUCCUGCCAGAGCUGCAGAAGCGCAUGGAGGAUUGGAGCUGUAACCCACGGAUCGGGGAUGUGAUCCAGAAGCUUGCACCAUUCCUCAAGAUGUAUGGUGAAUACGUAAAGAACUUCGACAAGGCCGUGGAGCUCAUCACCGUCUGGUCAGAGAAAUCCCCGCCCUUCCAGGAGCUCAUUGCUGACAUCCAGAAGAGGAAGGUCUGUGCUAACCUAACGCUGCAGCACCACAUGCUGGAACCUGUGCAGAGGAUCCCGCGCUACGAACUCCUCCUCAAAGAUUAUAUCCGAAAACUACCGCCUGAGUCCCCAGACCGGGAGGAUGCAGAGAAGGCCCUGGAGAUGAUUUUCAUGGUGGCCAAGCACUCAAACGCAGCUAUAGCCGAGAUGGAACGGCUGCAGAACCUCUGGGCGGUCUAUCAGCGGCUGGGCCUUGAAAAUGACAUUAUAGAUCCCUCCAACGAGCUGAUCAAGGAGGGGCCGAUCCAAAAAAUCUCCACCCGCACCAGCAGCACGUCGGAGAAGUACCUGUUCCUGUUCAACAACAUGCUGCUCUACUGCGUGCCCAAGGUCAUCCAGGUGGGCGCUGAGUUCCAGGUCCACCUCCGCAUCGAUGUGGACGGCAUGAAGGUGCGGGAGCUGAAGGACACGCAGUUCCCUCACACCUUCCUGGUCUCAGGAAAGCAGCGGACGCUGGAGCUGCAAGCCAGGUCUGGGGAGGAGAUGGACGCCUGGAUCAAGGCCUUCCAAGAUGCCAUUGACAAGAAGGAGAAGAGGAGUGAGACCUUUAAGGCAGCACUAUAUGGGCUGGAGACCCGCACCCCUGCAUUGAAGACAGAGGAGCUGGGCCGCCGAGCCCCACAGUGGGUGCGGGACAACCUGGUGACCAUGUGCAUGCGCUGCAAGGAGCCCUUCAACGCCAUCACACGCCGGAGACACCACUGUCGAGCUUGUGGAUACGUGGUGUGCGCUCGCUGCUCAGACUACAAGGCCGAGCUACAGUAUGAUGGGAAUCGCCUGAACCGUGUGUGCCAGGAAUGUUACGUCUUCCUGACAGGGCACGUGGUGCCCGAGGACCGGGAGGGGAAGCACAAAGGCAUCCUGGAGAAAGAAGCUGCAGAGGUAUCAGGCAAGAGUUUGCUGUGCAGUUCCCUGCAGCUGCUGGACAAGAAUGGCAAGGGAGGCACGCGGGGAUGGUUCGUGAUCCCCCAGGAUGAUCCCCUUGUGCUGUACAUCUACGCAGCCCCCCAGGACGUCCGAGCCCACACCUCCAUCCCACUGCUGGGCUACCAGGUGAGGGACCUGCCCCAGGGCGACUCCCGCCACCUCUUCCAGCUGGUGCAGUCCCGGCAGGUCUACACCUUCAUGGCCGACAGCGAGGAGCUAAAGCAGCACUGGAUGAGGACCAUGGCACGCUCUGCCGCGGGGAUCACGCACCCGGAGGAGGGUGAGGAUGCGGACUCCUGUGACGAAGCAGAAUGAGGCCGUGCCCACCUCCUGCUCACGGCUGGCUUCAGGCAGAUUCUUGACCUCUCUGCAUUUGGGUUUUUUGUCAUGAAAAGGGCAGGGAGGGGCAUGUUUGCCACCACACGGACAAGCUGGAUCCCCCUUCCCCUCCCGCUGUGCUCUCUGCACUGGACAGAGACAUGGAGGUACCCGAGUGGUGAGGUGGAGGGAGAGCCAGGGGGUUUGGGGGAGCCCUGCACCCCUGCAGCCAGCCUGGCCCCAGCCCGCUGUGCUGUGCCGCCGGCUGCCGCCCGAGGGCAGCAAUGCCUCGGCCUUCCUCCCUGCCUCGCCCUGGCGGAUGGUGCAGGAGGGAUGAAGCAUCUGUGGACUUGGGACUGCUAUGAUAAAUCCUACCUGC